AUGAAGCCGAGCGCGCAGCUGCAGCACUGCGGCGAGCAGGUGGUGGAAGAUAACAACACGGGUGUGGCGACCGCGAGGCGCAGCUCCAGCAAGAAAAAGAAACUCAAACUUUUACGAGAUCAUACCGGACAACAGCAACAGCAUCAACAUCCGAUUGAUAUCGAGAUGCAGGAUCAAAGGCCGAGCUCCACGCCAUCGGGACAAGAAAAAGUUCGAAUUGCGCCACCGAAAAAUGACCCGAGGUGGUCCUCAAGUAUGAAAACACCCUCGGGGGCGAAGAAGGAGCAGAGGAUUGAUAUUACAAUGAAAAAUGCCCCCUCCCCAUAUCAAAACGGAAAUCUGUGAUGCAGAUUUGGGGUCACAAAUCAGCUUUGUGAUGCUAGAAGGCAAAAGAUGCGGACUGUAGUGCUGUCUAGCGUGGGAAAUUUUGCAGCUCCAGGAUGACACGAGGCAACUGGAAUGGGGAAACAGCAUGACAGAUUACCUGCAAUUUAGGCCGCAGCUUCGUCUCUUGGCCUUCUAGCAAUACAAGUCGAUUUGUGUACUCAAAUACAGCAUCACAAAUUCGCGCAUCUCCCGUUUCCGAUAUGGGGUGGGGGCUUUUUUCACUUUGAUAAUUGAGGACCUGUCCACACAAGACAGCUGGUAUCCGGCGCCACAACCGCAAGCGAGACCUAUCAAAUGCAAAAGUGUCCGGGUCUGGAAACUUGUGAUGCUGGUUGAGAAAGACGAGAAAACCUCAAUUGACUGCCAAGCAUGACAAGUUUUGGAGCUACUACAGUUUUGUCUAUUCUGCAUGACAAAGCGAGCUUCUGCAUGAGAGAAAAGUGGGGAAUUUGGGUCAGGCGCAUGACAGACUUAAGAGUCAUGUUAGCCAAGCAUAACAAACCUUGCAUCUUUCCAGACCCAGACAUGUUUCCAAUGCAUAAGACCACCCGUACAACAUCAGCACCCUCCAGGCUCAAUUCCCCGAGACCACAAGACACAGAUGAGCUACAGGCCACAUACGACAACUACCCAGAUAAGGGUCUCAUCGUCGCAAGAGAGACAUGGUUGUGCACCGCCGCCGCCACCACCUCCACCGCAGCAGCAUUCGCAAUAUAAUUUUUACACCAGCCGUGAGCACUACAGAUAUGCUGAAGUGGAUCAGGAAGCAAACCACGCGAUGAAGAAGCACAGAAGCAAGAGUGGAACUGGAAAUAACAAAGCGAGAAAUAUUAAGCCGGGUCAAAACAAAUUUUUCCAAUCCUCAUCUUCCAGUUCUACUGCGUCCUCCGGUGCGUUCUCCCGAACCCUGGACGCGUUAGAUUUAGAUUGGCGGUCGAGCAGCGGUAAUUCGAACGAAAACGAAAACAACGACGGCUCACAGAUGAUAUCAACUGCAAAUAUGUCUGGGUCUGGGAGACUGCGAGAUUUGUCAUGGUAGUCUGGCAUGACUCUGAACUCUGUAUUGCGUGGCCGCGAAGAGCUCCUCUUGUCUGUCAUGCAAAAGCGCAGUUUUUCACGCGGAGUACGCAACUCAGAACCACGGAGAAACUUGUCAUGCUGGGCAGCGCAUUACAGUGUGCUCACUAUUCCCUUUCCUGCAUCACAAGUUUCCAGACCCAGACAUAUUUGUACUUGAUAGAUGAACAUGAUGAACAACGAGGUCCCGGUCCCAUACAAUCACUAUUCCGCCGGCGUGCACUACGCGAACCCAGAGCAGACCCAUCAACGGCCACCCAGCCCCGGGAACAACAACACUCAUCAACGUCCACCCAGCCCGAACUCGAGAGAGCACUCUAAAGACUCAGACUCCGGACACUUGCACAGACGCGGAGGGGGCAACAAAGCAGGUGGAGACAGUAACAAAAUUUCGCCCGGGGGCGGUGGCGGGGACGACUCCCGGUCUGAAGGCUCGCACAAAACCGGCACGGACUCCGAGAACAAGAGAUCGAAAUCCCAUUCCGAUGGCAAGCGGCACCACGGGGGGAUCAGGGUGGUGGAAGAGGAGAAGGGGUUCAAAAAACUCACGAAAAAGGGGAAAGAAGACGACUGGAAGUACCAAAUGGUGUCCAGUCGGAGGUUCGACAUCGUCAUCGGGUUUGUCAUCGUGGUAAACGCGAUCUGUAUGGGAGUAGAGUACCAGCUCAGCGACAAACACCUUGAGGACAGCUAUUUCAUGUUUCAGGUACGAAAUUUAUUUGCUUAGAAUUGUUCUAACUAGUACACAUUCAGUUUUCCGAUAAGUACCAAUGCUAUUCGACGUGACGCUGACGUCACGCAUGACAGUUACUAGCUUUUGUUUUCCUUUUCCUGCAAGUGCAGCAAACGCAUGAGAUGACAAAAACCUUUCGGUACCAACAACGAACUCCACAGGUUCUGGACCUUACCUUUCUGAUCGUCUUCACCCUCGAGCUUUCCCUGCGCUUGAUCGUCUUCGGCAUUAAAGACAUUGUGACGACCCCAAUUUACGCGUUGGAUUGUUUCAUCGUCGCCGCGGGUAUGAUCACGGAGUUGGCGUUACCGCUUCUCGCGGGGAAUUUCAUGUCUGGGAACAAACCUACCGAUGAAGACGAAACCAUCCGUUUGAUCCGCUCGUGCCGGGCGUUGCGCGCUCUCCGUGUUCUCCGCGUGGUCACUCUCGUCGAGCAACUGUUCGGCGUCGUGGAGCUGUUUUUCUACUCAUUACCUCCGCU